UGGCGGCGCAGGCGCGGUGGGGCGGGCGGGCGGAGGGUUGCUCCAGUUACCAAGGGCGACGGGUGAAGCGGUGGAUCUGGCAAUGGCGCCGCGGCAGUGAAGAUGGUUGAAUGACGUUCCUGGAGGACAGUGGUGUGACGAGGUGCAGGAUGGGUGUGUUCAGCCACCGAAGAAGGUGACAUCUCCACACAUCGUGCGUGUACAUCUGCUGUUGCAGAUUGUUGAGCAGAGGAGAAGGCAAUGCCUGCCGUAAGCCACGUGCCAGAGGAUUCCUCAGCAUCCUCCGAUGGCGAGGAGCAGGAGGAGCACCCGUGCCUACGGUGGGCAGGCAGCAAUAGAAUGAUCCCCACCUUGGUUUUCUACGCAGAGAGCAUCGUGACAAAAGACAGCAGCUUACGCCUAAUCGGAGAGCGCUAUCACUUGGCGUACAAGAUCGUGCGCACUGAGAGCAGACUGGUGCGCACCAUCUUGACCGUGCAUGGUUUCCAUGAGGUUCAUCCCAACAGCAAUGAUUUCAACUUGAUGUGGACUGGCUCCCAUCUGAAGCCUUAUUUAUUACGCACUCUGCUGGAGUUUCAGAAGGUCAACCACUUCCCCAGAUCCUAUGAGCUGACCAGGAAGGAUCGUCUGUAUAAAAACAUUCAGCGCAUGCAACAGACUCACGGCUUCAAGCACUUCAACAUUAUACCUCAGGCCUUUCUCCUCCCGGCUGAGUAUCAGGAAUUAUGGAAUGCACACACGAAGGAUAAGGGACCGUGGAUUGUUAAACCAGUGGCUUCUUCCCGGGGCCGUGGGGUCUACCUCGUCAGCCAUCCCAGCCAGAUUACAGUGGACGAGAGCAUCCUGGUCUCCCGUUACAUCCACUCGCCACUGCUGAUUGACGACUUCAAGUUUGAUGUGCGGUUAUAUGUCCUGGUCACCUCCUAUGACCCUCUGAUGGUGUAUCUCUACGAAGAAGGACUGACAAGGUUUGCCACUGUGAAAUACAACCGUGGCAGCAGAAACAUCAAGAACCAGUUCAUGCAUCUGACCAACUACAGCAUCAACAAGAAAAGCCGUGACUAUGUCAGCUGUGAUGACCCAGAGGUGGAAGACUACGGGAACAAGUGGAGUAUGAGUGCCAUGCUGCGGUACCUGAAGCAGGAAGGAGUGGACACGGCUGCUUUGAUGUCUCGGAUUGAGGACCUCAUUAUCAAGGCACUCAUCUCAGCAGAAAUCCACAUCGCCGCUGCCACCAAGAUGUUCGUGCCUCACAAGGGCAACUGCUUUGAACUGUAUGGUUUUGAUGUCCUGAUUGACUCCAACCUGAAACCCUGGCUGCUGGAAGUGAAUCUUUCUCCCUCACUGGCCUGUGAUGCCCCUUUGGAUCUGAAGAUCAAAGCCAGCUUGCUGACGGAUAUGUUCACGUUAGUGGGAUUCGUCUGUCACAACCCAAUAGUACGACAAGGCAGACAGAGCAAGACUGGUGGCGAUCUCGCUGCUCGACCUCAAACUCACAAACCGCGGCAGCAGUGGCCUGUAUCCACAAACAAUGGCGAGGUUAAAAGAAGUUCUUCCUCUGGCAAGGAGCGAGCACGCGAUGGGCAGGGACUGAGCACGCUGAGACUGACAAUGGAGGAGAUAAAGGUUUUACGUCAUGCCAUGGAAGAGAAUGAGAGAAAAGGAGGAUUCAUACGCAUCUUUCCAAUGGCUGACAGCUGGGAGUUUUAUGGGCACUUUCUGGAGCAUAAAACCACCCUGAACCACGUGCUGGCAGUGCGUCUAUUUGCGGGCAAGCAAGGGGCAAAGAGACCGGCAGCUUUAGCAAGAGCUCGUAACGGCGUGAGGCAGAGCAGCCCAGCGGCACAGUGCCGGCAUGAGGUGCUGCAGGUGCAAUGUCAGAAACACUUACAGCAGUACGAGAGGAAGUUGCUGUCACUGAAGGCACGCAAACACCGGCAGCAGCAGCAAGUCACCCUGCAAACAGCGCAGAGGAAAGGCUCAGGGUCUCUGCACACUGUUCCGGCUGCUUCAUCCUGUGGUUCGGAGAGUGAGCUGGAGGAGGAGGAGGAGGAAGGGGAGGAGGAGGAUGUUGAUGAGGAGGAGGCUUCAGAGUGCGAAGCAGAAGUUUCUUUGCUCGAUUGCAGCGGCAAAGGUCCGGGGAAGGCCCUGCCGUUGGUGGCACAACGAGGCGUGGAUGAGAGGCAGCGGAGAGCUCCCACACAGGAGGUAGCGGGCAAGCACACGGCCAUCAGGGGAGAGGCGUGGACCCAGAGCAGAGAGGAGUGCAGCCAGCAGCAACCACGGCCCAACCUGGUGCAGAUGUUACAGCAAGGAGCCAACCUAAGCAAGGUGCAGGCACGCAUGGCCUUUGCUGCAUACCUGCACCGAGUGCAGCUUCGCCUGCUGCAGGAGUGCUGCGGACAAAACAAAGCCAGCUCGCAGGCUGACCGCGAGGAGGAGCAGAUGGAGCUGGUGAUCCGAUUCCUGAAACGAGCAGCCAGUAACUUCCAGCACACCAUGCCGUUGGCUCUGCCCAGCAGCCGGCUGGCCGGCCCCGAGCGCCGCCGCAUCCUGGCCCAGCAGCUGGGCCUCUUCAUCCGCUGCUACAACAAGGAAACAGAUGAAAUAAUUAAGAGGAAGCAGAUGGAUUUGAAUUCGGAGACCUGCAUCCAACAGGAAGAAUUCCAAGUAUUUGUCAGUAAAGCCAGUGAGACGCAGCUGGAAGAGCUGCUCACCAUCUACACGCGCAACAACAAAUCCACCAGCGUCUUCCUUGGGACUCAAGCCACAAGCAGGAGCGAGAGCUCGAGCACGGAAGAUGCUGCAGGCAGGGCGGCCAGAGGUGUGGCUGCGACCAAGGAGGGAGGUGCCGCCGGUGCCUCUGAUGGUUGUGGUGAUGGCAGUCUCUUGGCGCACAGCUCCUCCGCUCAUGGUGUUGGUCGUGCACGCCCGGUCUCUGAGUCAGUGGGCAGCCUGCCCCGGUCACACACGCUGGACCACGGGACACCUCCUCCCCCGGAGACGGAGACCGCCGGCAGGGCUGGUCCAGCGGCUCACCGAAUGGCCUCAGCAACGCCGACAUCUCGCCAGCCCACACCCCCGGGCAAGGUCCAUGGGCCCAGCUCCGACAGCCUCGCCUCUAUCCCCGCAUCGUCCAUGCAGGCCGCGGCUCACAUCUACAGCCAGAGACUCUCACGGCCAAACUCCGCAACUCCAGGCACGGGUGGCCGCUGCACCCAGCGGCAGAGAAGCAGCGACGGAAUCCACACGCCCGCUCCCCUUGACGAUCUCAACCUGGUGCUGCAGCGCCUGGCGGCCAAACACAACCCCCGCCACUGGCCGCAGUCCACUCACAUCAGCCUCCUGACACAGCACUUAUCGCACAUGGGGCUGGGGAGAGGAGCCCUGAACAGAGGGAAUGCGUUUGUGUCUCCAGCUACGCAGUGGCCAGUGGGUGGCCUGGUGCCAGCACGGACCGUCCACUCUGGCCUGCAGCCCCCUGCUGCUGCGAGUGUGGACAGAGCUGCCGCUGCAAGUGUGGACAGAGCUGCCGCUCCAGCCUCCUGCGGUCCCAUGGACAUCCAGUGCAUGGAGCACAAGGCCGACGCUGCAUGCAGGACUGCGACUGUGCCGAUGCACCAGGCCGUAGUGGGAGAGCAGCAGUUCCUGCACACGCUGCACCAUCUGCAGCAGCAACAUCUACACUCACGCCAGCUGCUGCACAGCAGCCGAGCAAGGCACCAGGCCAUCUGUGCAGAGAAUCAGCUGGACAUCCCCAUGCAGUGGCCAGCUCUGGCCUCAACCCGCCACAAGCCACUGGUCAGCGGGCAGUGGGCAGCCGGGCAGCAGAGGCCAGAGCCCAGUCAGGGUAGCCCACCCCACCUCCCGAGACCACCGGCGACAAGCAAGCAGGGGGUGGGCAGAAAGGUCAGCGCCCAGAGAGUGUCCCGAGUGAUUGCCAUUGACGGCCGCCAACCAGAGCCCACCAGGACCUCACUACACACACCUGUCGGCAGCGGCUCAGGUGGGACGUCAGCUACAGCUCAGUGCUCAGCGAUCCCAGCGAGGAACGGCAGUGAAUGGACAUCGGACUACCCAGACCAGACACACUGACCCACAGAGUGGUCCCACUGACCACCAGGACCAGAGCCACUGACCCCUCCUCAGACAGACCCUGCUGAUCCCAGGACGCCCGGCAUGCGGGGUUCCUCACGGAGCGGCCCUGGGAGUGAUGGCAGCGUCACCCGGCUGGAGCAGGGAGUGGGUGUGGAAGAUCACAGAUGCCCUCGGCCACUGGUGUGCAGUGACCACGGACACUGUGGGGACUGGACCAUGGGCACUGUGGGGAGUGGCCACUGCACACGGUCACUGCUGGGCACUGGACGGGCAGGGUCCUGUGGGGGAGGGUGGGCCGGGGCACUGAUGGGCAGUGAGUGGUCCAGUGGCCACGGGGCUGGGCUGCUGCUGGCCCACCGGCCACGGCCCCUCACUCUGACCACAUCGGCAUGUCCCGGUCAGCUUAUCUUUGGAUAUUUCAGUCUGUACAUAAGGGGGGGUGGGGGUGUGUGUGUGUGUGUGUGGGUAUUUUUUUACUGCGGGGUGAGGGUGGAGGGCCAGAGGUGCUGCUCCCAACACAGGCCACACUUGGAGUUUCGGGAAGAUAAAUUAAACAAUGUUGGUGUUUUCCAAUGU